GGGAGAGAUUGCAACUCAUGCUCGCUGCACUUGAUGAGCCCAUCCGGACAAAAAAAACCAAGGUAAAUCCUAUUUUGCUACAUGAGUGUGUCUCAGUUGGGACGGACUUAGAGGUUCUCCUAGGGAUGUGUGGAUACAGCAUCCAGCACCUGUUGCCGCCUCACCCGUCUCAGCAGUAGUGAGGACGGCACAACGAGCAUCACUCCAGCGUGGACCACAUGGAGGAGCACACUGAGGCCAAUUUCAGCGGGCAUCACUUUGACGACAGCCAAGCCAGACUACAAAGCAGCGUGGUGUUCUCGGGACCGGUUUUUGUCCUUCUAAUGGUGAUGAUGGUGACUUUGGUGGUGGUGACAGUUUUGGGGAACGCGCUGGUCAUGUUUGCCUUUAAAGUGGACAAGAGUCUGCGGAGACAAUGUAAUUACUACUUCCUAAAUUUGGCAAUAUCGGACUUUCUUGUCGGAGCAUUCUGCAUCCCGGUAUACAUCCCCUACAUCCUGACUGGAAGGUGGACACUGGGCAGAGGACUGUGUAAGCUGUGGCUGGUAAUGGACUACCUGCUUUGCUCCGCGUCAGUCUUCAGCAUCGUCCUCAUCAGCUAUGACCGCUUCCUGUCAGUCACCAGCGCAGUGAGUUACCGGGCCAGACAGAGAGUGUCUCAUCCAGCCAUCAUCAAGAUGACUGCUGUGUGGGUCCUGGCCUUUGUCCUCUACAGCCCAGCCAUCAUCCUGUGGGAGGUAGUGGUGGGCCGAAGUUGGGUGCCAGAGGACGAGUGCUUUGCAGAGUUCUAUCAUUCCUGGUACUUCUUGCUGUGCGCCUCGAUGCUGGAGUUUUUUUCCCCUUUUAUCUCGGUGGCUUUCUUCAACCUCAGCAUUUAUAUUAACAUACGCCGGAGGAGGCUCCGCUGUCGAGAGGCUCAUCUCAACCUUCAGCUGGCUGAAACCGUGUCCACUCAGGGGGAAGGUAUCCCCUUGUCCCACACUUGGGGAUUGGGGGCGAAGCUGGCCGCGAGGGGCGCCGUCCACUCCCCGACUUCCUCUCCCAAUUUUGGCAAACUGGAUCCAUCGAGUAGCAGGGCAGCCCAGCCAAACCGUCUGUCCAGAGAUAAGAAAAUUGCAAAGUCUCUGGCCAUCAUUGUGUGUGUGUUUGGCAUCUGCUGGGCACCGUACACCCUACUGAUGAUCAUCCGUGCUGCCUGCAGAGGGCGAUGCAUCCCGCAUCACUGGUAUGAGGUCACCUUCUGGCUCCUGUGGCUCAACUCUGCCAUUAACCCUUUCCUUUACCCAUUGUGUCACAGCAGCUUCCGGAGGGCCUUUGCUAAGAUUCUAUGCCCAAAACGGCGUAGUUCGACAACCCCCCCUUUAGCUGUCCUUCGAGCUGACCAGUGACCACCAGAUAUUCCCCAAAAACUGUGCCGUAUUAACUGUAAACUGUGAUCUAACAUAAUGCUCACAUACUAUUGUGUGAAAGUCAUCAUAUAUUGCCAUUCAAAAUAAUGCUUUUCAUAAUGAUGCUUUCACACACAAUAAAUGCCUAAAAUGUUUUGUCCAAAACACAAUGUAGAUUUUUUUGGUUAUAAAUGUAUUUGCAUAGAUGAUCAAUGUUGACUGUCAUUUCACUGUGAUGUUAAUAAAA